AAGAAGAAGACAAAAGACAAAAUUACUACAAUACCUAAAAGUGACUAAUUACUAUAGUGUUUUAUAAUGUUUUAAAUUGCAUGUUUGUAAAAGCAUGAGUGGCUGGCAGGGUCCACCAGUUUUGGUCGGUGAACGAACAUUGUGGUUAGGAAGUGGUAGUGGACUUCCUAAACCUGGAGUUGUCCGAUGGAUUGGUCAGCUUCCAGAAAUCGGACCGGAUUGGACAGUUGGUCUGGAGCUGGAUGAAGCUUUACCGUUUGGAGGGAUUGAUGGAUCAUGGAAAGGCAGAGUUCUCUUUGUUUGCCAACCAAAGCAUGGGCUGCUUGUUCCUAUCUCUAAUAUCAUUCCUGGUUCAAAAUUGAAGCAUAUACCUAAUAUUUCUGGUUUUGAGAAGGACCAAAAUGAACCGAAGAAAAGCAUUGUCAACCCGCCCACUAAGUGUCGAGAUAUUGCCGUCAGUCGGGGAACCAAUGAGUCUGUGAUAAACCUCCCGAAGCCAUCUGUGAGGCAAAAGCGAAGAAUCCCGACGCCUCCUUCCUCAGACAGUGAUGAGCCCGUCGGGCCGGGGGUUGCAACUGAGGUGACUGACAACACCACACUGAGGGUUGAGGACAAGGAUCAGGAGGACUCUCUGAAGAAGAGACUCCGCCUCUUUACUGAGAAUAAUGGAGCGCUUCAAAGAAUGAAGAGCUACAAUGAGUGCGCCUUUGAGGAAGUCGUGAUCGAUUCUUUGUACGCUCAAAGGCGUCAACAGUUUUCCCAACAUGGUCGUUCUCACAGUGAUUCUGCCCACGCUUUUAUAUCUUCAGCAAGUUCACCAGGUUCAAGGCGGGAACGGAGUACCAGUGCGAUAUUCUCCAUCUUCCGUUGGUUCCGAAGAGAGAGUCGGAGUGAUGAGUUUGACCCGGAGUUUGCUCCCUCGGCACCCCCUUCCCCCCAGCUGAUCAGAGGCCAUAGCACAAGCUGCGGCAGUGUUGACACUCUGUUUAGUACGGCUACUGCAAACAGUUUUGCUUUCAUACACCCGUCGUUUUAUCGACCUUUUGGAGCUGCAAAUCCGCCGGAGAAGUGUAUUAAUCCUGGCCCUGACACCGAGACUUACCGAAACAGGUUGAGACAGAGGGACAGAAUAAGGGAGCUUGAUAAAAAUCUGACCCUGAAGAAAAAAUAUCACCUCUUUGGUAGUGGUACGUUGCACAGAAGUGUUGAUGAUGUGAACAGUAGGCAUUUGUUUCUUAAUAAAUCCCUAGAUUCUCUCAAAUUAAAUAAUGUUCAGUCCGCUGGCAAAAAUUCAACUUUAGGCAGAAAGAAAAGAAAAGCCCCUCCCCCUCCUGUAUCGCUCGAUGAAAAGGCUGAUUCAGUGAUAUCUCCUUCACCUCUAGACCAGAAUAAGGAAAAUGUAGACAUCAACUCUAAAACUAACUCGUUCCCUACGAAUGAUAUUGUAGUUAGACGUCACAGAAGAACUGUGAGUGACUCUGCUAAGGAUAGGAGGUCUGGAGCGUUUGUUCAUGUCAGAGGUAAAAGGAAAGCUCCUCCUCCUCCAGUUGAAAAUAACAGCAAAGAGGUCAAAUCUGCCGGUAAUGAGGUAGUAGGCACCCAGAGUUUGGGCAGGAAGAAGAGACAUGCUCCUCCACCACCAUUGAUAAUCAGAAGACAAGAGGAUGAAAUCAAUUCAGGGUCUCAGGGAAAACUAAGCCCCGAAGAAAAACAAAGACUAAUUGAAAACAUAAACAAACUGCAAGCACAUGCUGACCGUAAAAGCUUACUAUUAGCUACUCCACCCGCUUCUCCCAUGAUGAAUGACAAGGUGACUCAUACAGUUUGUAAUGAUUCUCUCAAGUUAGAGAGGGGAGUUUUGAAGGCGAACAAAACAGAGGUCCAGUCUGCUGAAGCAAAACCUGCCACUCCGACCACGCCAACUCCAGUAUCUCCAAGACCUUGGUAUAAAAGAAAUGCCGGGAACAAAGAAAAAAGCCUUGAAAAAAGAAAAGAAAAAACUAGUGCUGUAGAUUGGAUGCCUGAAGUUGCCAUUGUUAGGCGAAAUGCUAUAAACAGUGAAAAUAACAAUAGCAGCAGCGUCAGUAGUAGUAGUAAUAGCCAUUCAAAUAGCUACAGACUGUCAAGUAUUUUUUCAAGGUUUGAUAAACCAGAAGAAAAGAGAAAAUCUCAGAUAUCGAUGUUGGCUAAUAUUAGUGAGCUAGAUAGGGAAGCAGCCGAAAUUGUACAAAGAGAGCAAGAGAAGGAAAGAGCAAUGUUGGCUGCUCAAGAUGCAAAGUAUUACACAUCUUCAGCUGAUUGUGUUGAAAACCAUGAUAAUGAUUUACAUGACUUGGAUAUAAUGUCUGAAGAAGAUAGAGCACAGAAAAAUCCUGACUCACCUAAGAAGAGCGGGGCUCGAGAAUUAAUAUCGUUGUUUAAUGCCAUAGGCAACGUCACCAAAGUCACAAUGCACUCUGCUUUCUUCUCCAAAGAUGGUCCCAGUAUAUUUUCCAAAGAAGGUAUUGAAAAGCGGUUUUCAUCAUCAGGAGAAGGUAUAAAAAUCUCAGAAGGUGUAACUACAGAGAGUAUUAUAAACUGUAAUGGAUAUAAAGAGCAAAUUACUGUUGUAGAAACAAAAGAAAGCUAUUUAGAAUCUCCAGGAAUUAAAAGGCGAAAGCAUUUAAAGCAUCAACAUUCAGAUGAGCUGGGAUCGGCAGGGAGCUCAGAAACUGUAUCUCCUAGAGUAGUAAUUGAGGAAAUAGUAGAUGAUUUGGAAAAGUCUAAAACUCAAGCUUUAUACGAAGCUAAUAAAAUAAGAAAACAUCACUCACCUAGCCCAAGUAUUCCAACUAUUGCAGAGAUGUCUGAAUCUUUCAGCUCUGUUACAGCUUCUGCCAGUUCAACAAUAAAUGCUAGUGAGAGAUCAUCAGUAACUCCGACCCCAACAGUUACAGAACCUCCGAUAGUUGUUGGAAAGACUGAGGGAAUUUCUGAUAAAUCUGCUUCAAAAGGAGUCACUACUGAUGAUUCUGUAAAGGUUCGAAGGGCUGACCCUGUCACAAAACCACCUUCUAAGAACUACAGCAUUUGGUCUUGUCCUCGGUGUACCCUUGAAAACCCCCGAUGGAGGGUGACUUGUGAGGCCUGUGACAUGUGGAGGCCUGCGGUGAGGAGAGACGUGAUUGACAAACUAACCAACGCCAACAUGGGAACUACAAUAGGCGUCAACCUGGUCAAAGGUGAGUCCAAAAAUACAUCUGCAAUCAAAGGCUUAUCAUCACAGACAGAGAAUUCAGUUGAUGCAAAACCCAACAGCAGCUCAAUCAACAGUAGUAAACCAGUUGAAUCUAAAUCCCAGCCGGCAACUAAAGCAGAUAAGAGUCCAAUUGAUGGUGCUGUCGCAAAACAACCAAUCGCGAAACCCAUAACUGUCAGUGGACUUUUAAAUGGAAGCUGUUAUAUGCCAAAGACAUCUGAUGUUCCUGAAAAUAAAAAUUCCACUGAUCUCAAAACAAGAAAUGAAAUUUCUUCAACCAAAGAAACCAAAAGAAAGCUGGUAGAGCAGCAGAUUACAGUGAAACCAAAUACAACACCAGUUUCUGCAAAUUCACCUGCUCUUGAGAAAGUGAACAAUUCUUUGGAUACCGCAUCAUCAAGCUCUAAUACAAUUUCUGCAUCUGGAGCCCAAACGGAAACUGGUGUAGAAGAAGUUAGGAAAGCGAGGUUGGCAUUUUUUGGAAAAUCUCAUUCAGACAGUAAAGGUGACACUGAUAAAGAGAUCUCUGCUGAAGGCUCGUCGAUUAAUCAGGCUAAAAUUGAUGCAUUAUUCUCUAUAGCAUCUAAAGGUUCUUUAGCGACAAAUGAAGAAGAAAGGUUAAAAGUAAAAGAAAUAUUGAAAGAAAUGAAAAACUCCUUACCAAAAAAAUUUAAGGAGAGCAAAUCUGAAGCAGGGCACAGUAAAGUAAAAUCUAAAGCAGAAACAAUCUUAAACGAGGAUGAUAAUAUUCCAAAUACAUCAUCUUCAAACUCGCCCAGUAGCUCAGAUGAGGCUGCACGAUUAGGUGCCAUAAAAAAAUCAAAAGCUCAAACAUCCUUUCUGUCUUCUAAAGCCACAGGCCUCCCAACUGAAAGAAAACAUGUGGCAGAAGCAUAUUUCAUAAAAUCAGAAACAAUCAUUGAAGAAUUAAAAAUGAAAGACUACAAAUCACCCAAAAUCUCGACUUCUGUACAAACUAGUGGUGUUGUUCGGAAAGUGGAGAGUAACAAGUCAGCUGCAACAAUCUCUGCAAAACCUCCGACACCAAAGUCAACACGGCGAGAAAUAACAGUUCCAGUUACAGUGGAGGAACACAUCUUAAAAGACGGAGGCGUUGAGACAACAGCUACACAAGAAACCAAAAAAGUGGGUAUUGGGGCGUUUAAACUUAUAAGGCCAAGGGACUUUGCAAACAUCAAAGCGACCAAGACCGGCGAUGAAGCGAAGCCGCUUCAUGUCUAUGUGAAUGUUCCAAGGGCGCUAGAUGAUGAUUCGUCAUCCAGUUCGUCCAGUGACAGUCCAGAAGUUACACAGCUGUCGGCAGAACUUACCAAGCCUAAGGGGCUGGCUGAUUUCAAAGCUUCGGUGAUGGAGCAUGGAGCCGGCAACAAGAUGAACACACUGGCCGUCAACAGACUACUGCGUCAGCUAGAAACGGCCAUCGCUGGUGGUCAGCACAUGCGAGCGGCCACACUGGCCAAACAGCUGGCCAGGCACAAGAUCAACUGCUGCGUUACACGGCACAAACAGACUGACAACAUAACUGUGGAUGUUUACGUGGAAGACAGACUAACCCACCAGGGUCCAUACCCAGUACAGGUGUCUCCUUCAAUGACUGUCGCUCAGCUCAAGGCUAAAGUGGAAGCUCAGUUUGAGAUCCCUGCGGCUGUACAGAGAUGGAUACUCGGCAAACAGUUGGCAACCGACGAUCGAUCGACUCUUCAACAACACAACGUGACUCAACAACACUGUCCUGUCUUCCUCUACUUAGUGGCUCCAGAGUCAGAAACGACAAAGACGGCAGAAUUAGUCGCAGAGAGAGAGCCAGAGGAAGCCAUAGCUAUAGCAGCAGGAACUACGCCAACACAACCUAAUGGCAGAGGCUGGUACUAUAAUGAUGAGGAGGACCACUACAGCCUGUGUGAGAGUGAAGUCACGGAACACUCCAGCAAAGGCAGCAGUCCAGAGCCUAGAGUAGAAUCUCCACCAGAGCAAGUACCUGACGUAGUGGAAGAAGCUCUCGUAGUCUUCCCUGUGAAUCAACCUGAGGAAGCAGUAGAAGAUGUAGGGGUAGAAGCAAACGGAGCUACAGGACCAGACCCAUUACCAACUCCAACUACUGUUGUUGACUGUCAGGCUACAGGCUGGAAGUGUACUGCGUGUACCCUGAUCAACACUCUGACAAGACCAGGUUGUAUGGCUUGUGGCUCUGAUAGACCAGCUGACUACCAGGCCACUGGUGCUGAACAACAGAGGCUGCUAGAGGAACCCAACACUCAUCAGGCUGCCGGUGAAGAGAAGACGAAGAACUAUCAAGAGUUGAUGGUGUUGGAGAAUGCAGACUUGAUCCCCAGCUCGGAAGCGUUUGAGUGCACGGUGUGUCUCACUGAGUGCGCAGCGGGUGACGGUGUGGUGCUGCGUGACUGUCUGCACUCGUUCUGUCGUGCUUGUCUUGCGCACACCGUGCAGUUCACGGACGACGCCGAGGUCAAGUGUCCGUUCAGAGACCAUCAAUACGCUUGCGACAGCACACUGCAGGAGCGGGAGAUUAAGGCGGUGGCGGAUGUAGAGGAGGAUGACUCAUGCAUCAUCUGCAUGGCAGAGCCAAGGUGUUGUGCUCUCACUCCUUGUGGUCACCGAGCUUACUGUGAGACUUGCUGUCUGCGGCUGAUAGAACUGGACCACAUGUGCUCACUGUGUAGACGCAAGGCUGACGGCUACCUACUCAUCUAUCUGUAGAAACACCAGCCGUAUUCAACCUGACUCCGUUCAGUAUUUGGCCAAGAUCUUGGAAGUUGAUAAUGAUUUUUUCAUGACCACAGGAUAUGUCAAGGAUUUUUUUUCUUCCAAGAUUGUGGCAAAACCCUGGGCAAAUUCCUGUGGUCAUGGAAAAAUCAGUCUUCCGCACUUGUGACAAAACCAUGAAAAUCUCCUGUGUCCGUUUAGUUAUCAUCGUCGCCUUCCACGAUCUUGGCAAAAUCCUAAACAUCUACUGCAGUCAAUUAGACAUUAUCAUCUCCUUUUUCUGAAAAAUACUGAACAUCUCCUCUAAUGGUUACAGAAAUACCAUCGUAGUCUCUCGCGAUCACUGAAACUUUAUCAUCAUCAUUCGUAAUUGCGGUGAAAGCAUGAAUUUUCUGAUUACACAAUGUUAAUAUACAAGUCCUGCAAUCUCAAUAGUAAAAUUUCCGUUUGAGCAUUCAAUCUCUCAUGCUUUUAGACGAGGCUCGAAACUAUAGCUGCUUGCACACCUCUAUGGAUAUAGCUUAUAAUGAAACCAAAGGUCGGAUGUUUCAAGGAGUCGGUUAUGCCGAGGUCGGAUAUGAGGGGUUCCUCUCUAUUGAAAAAUACAGUUUUUGCUGCAAUAUGACAAAAAAGAUUGUUAAAAAACUUAGAUUCAUUGUGGGAAGAAACAAUAGUAGCUAAAAAAAAUAUAGACAUGUACAAGAAUCACACUGCUAGUCAAGUCUUAAUUCCUGACAAUUUUUGAUUUGAUGAAAAUUGUUUUGAGAGUGGAAAUAUUUAAAUGUUGUUUACUAUUUUUGUUGUUGUAUACUGCUGUUAUAAUAUAAUUCAAACUGCAGUUUGUAAAGUGGCAUAUUUGUAAGAUUUUUUCAUAACGGUUACGGUUUGGUUUUGAUGAGUUUUCGAGUUACAUAAAUAAAUGUAUAUUAAGCACAAAGGAUAGGAUAAGCACUAAGCAGGCUUACCUUGAGAAAUGUAGGCAUCCUACUUCACUACAGUAACACAGAAGUGUAGUGAAGUAGGAUGCCUACAUUUCUAAAGGUAAGCCUGCUCAUCCAAUCAUUUGUCUCCUUAAUUCUCAGGCAAUAAGCCCUUUCUAUUCUAACAUAAAUGUAGAUUAGAUAUACAAUGUGAAAUACUUUUAGAAUCAUAUUUUCAUUAUAUGUAGUUUCCGCUCUUAAGACAUGUUGAAGAUAAUCAAAUUCAAUUGCAGUGAUAGUUUUUGGUGUAUUUUUAAAAAAGUUUGUGAAAUUAUGGUGGUAAGGUAUUUAACAGUAAAUUAAAGAGAACAUUUUGUGUGUGUGUUAAAAUUCUCAAAUACAACACUGCCUUAUACAUUUAUAUGGGACACCUGGUAAAGAAGAUACUUGGUAAAUUUGAGAAAGAUUUAAUGAAUGUAAACACAAUUAGUAAUGAAUAUAACCAAAUUUAUAAUUGAGUUAUAUUUAACAUUUCAAACAGUUUUUUUUUUUUUAUAUUCUAUUAUUCUAAUGUAAAAGAUUAUAUAAUCGUACUGAUAAAAGUUAUCCUCAUUGAUUAAGCCAUGCUCAAGUUCAUCACCCAAAACCUACUGCUUGUAAUAAUUAUAUUGCACAGAAAGACUUAUCAAAGAUGGUUACUGUACAAAAAUAAAUUCACUUAAUAUUAAAGUUAAUAUUAGAUUAGUGUUAUACUGUUAUGUACUAUUUAAUUGAUAAUGUUCACAUUUACUAGCUUUGCCACUGUAAUAAUCAUUGUGAUAUUAAAAGAUAUUUUGAAAAACAUGUUGUCUUACUUUGGUCAUAAAUUGUGUGAUGGCUAUCGUGGGGGGGGGGGGGCGAGAGAAAG